GCGCCCAGCCCGUCCCGUCCCAUGAGAGCGGCGCCUCCCGAUGGGGGGCAGCGCGGUGCUGACCCUUGGCCGGACAAACCGGAGUCCGGCGGGGGGGAGUUGCUGCGCCUCUUGUCCGAGCUGAAGCCGCCCUCUUUUCUGCUGCGAGACCUGGGCUCGUACGUGGCGCGGCUGCUGCUGCACCUGGCGCCCGUGUACCUGGCCGGCUACCUGGGGCUCAGUACCAGCUGGGUGCUGAUCGGCUUGCUGGUCUGGAUAUGGUGGCGGAGGAACCGGCGAGGGAAGCAGUCCCGGCUGCUGGCCGCUUUCGGGCUUCUGGAGGACGAGAAGCAAGCCAUCAGCCAGGGCAUCGCCUUGCAGCAGCUGCCUGCCUGGGUUCACUUCCCUGAUGUUGAACGGGUAGAAUGGCUGAACAAGGUUCUCGAGCAGGCUUGGCCAUAUUUUGGAGCCAUUAUGGAAAAAACAUUUAAAGAUGUUGUUGAACCAAAAAUCAGAUCAAAGAAUGUUCAUCUGAAAACUUGUACAUUCACCAAAGUCCAUAUUGGAGAGAAGUGUCCUAAAAUCAAAGGAGUAAAGGCCUAUACCAAGGAAGUCGAUAGAAGACAAGUGAUCUUGGACUUGCAAAUAUGUUAUAUAGGGGACUGUGAAAUUAACAUGGAAGUGUCAAAGUUCAAAGUAGGAGUGAAAGGAAUACAGCUACAUGGAACACUACGACUGAUACUGGAACCCCUGAUGACUGAGGCACCUUUCUUUGGAGCUGUAACCAUAUUUUUCAUCCAGAAACCUCAUUUGGAAAUCAGCUGGGCAGGACUGACAAACCUGUUAGAUGCUCCAGGCAUUAGUGUACUAUCUGAUUCCUUAAUCCAAGAUCUGAUAGCCUCACGCUUGGUGUUGCCGAACAGGAUUACUAUACCACUGAAAAAGAAUAUUAAUGUGGCUUCCUUGCGGUUCCCUAUUCCAUAUGGAGUAGUAAGAGUGCAUCUGUUAGAAGCUGAGAAACUGGUCCAGAAAGAUCACUUCCUUGGGGCAAUCCGGGGAAAGUCGGACCCUUACGCCCUUCUUCGGGUCGGCUUGAUGCAGUUCCGAAGCAAGACCAUUCAAAGAAACCUGAAUCCCGUCUGGAAUGAAACCUUUGAGUUUGUUGUCUAUGAAGUGCCUGGUCAGGAUUUGGAGAUAGACUUGUAUGAUGAAGACCCAGAUAAAGAUGACUUCUUGGGCAGCUUGCUCAUAAACCUUGCAGAUGUGAUGAAAGACAAAGUUGUUGACGAGUGGUUCCCCUUGAGCAAGACAGCAAGUGGGCAUGUGCAUUUGAAGCUUGAUUGGUUUUCUUUGGUGACUGAUCAAGAGAAACUGUGUGAGGACAAGAAUGGUCUUGCAUCAGCAAUUCUCAUAGUGUAUUUGGAUUGUGCUUUCAAUCUUCCUAAAAAUCAAUUUGAGUAUUCCAAUGGUGAAUAUGGAGUGAAGAAAUACAGAACCCCCCGGUACCUCAAGAAGGUGGAGCGAGAACCUUGUUCGUUUGUCCAGCUCACGGUGGGCAGCAAAACUCAGAAGAGCAAGACUUGCAAUUUCACCAAGGAUCCCGUGUGGGGUCAGGCAUUCACAUUCUUGGUCCACAGUGCUCCGUCAGAGUCGCUUCAUCUGGAGAUAAAAGAUAAGGAUCGGGAGAAUGCUCUGGGGAUCUUGGUGUUUUCUCUUGCCAACUUGCUAAGAAAUCCUGAGAUGACACAAGAGCAAAAAUUCCAGCUGGAUCAUUCUGGCUCAGACAGUUUUAUUAAGAUGAAACUUGUGUUGAGGGCUUUAAGCAUAGAGCAGCCUGAUCCAGAAAACACAUAUACUGGUGUUAAUGCCUUAAAGCACGUUCCUAUCCCUGCCACAGAGGAGGAGGGAAAUGAAGGCAAGAUGCAGCUGCCGCCACCACGACCACCACCUCUACCACCACCUCCAUCAAGAACCGAAGGGCCCAAACCACCCCAAGGGAGGAGAGACUUGAGAGUGCCUGAAUUCACACCGGAGAUCGGUGCUAACCUGAAUAUAACUGCGAACCAGCCUCUCGUGAUAGAGCAUGCGGCUGCAAUUAAUGAACAGCCACGCCUGCGGGGUCUGCACCCCAGAUCCUUGGUGCCUCCACAGCCCAUUUCAACAGCCCCGACAUUACCAGCCCUGCAAAGACUUCGGGGUGCCCCCAGCAUUGCAUCUCUGGGCUCCCUGGGAUCUUCAAACUUUGAUAUAACUUGUAGCAAUCUGGACCUUUAUCACGACUCAUAUCUUGCUGGAGUGUCCAUGGGAGAAAUCCACCUCACUGUGCGCUAUGCCUCCAUAAGGCAGGCUCUCAUUGUCCUGGUUAAUGGAUGCAGAAAGUUAAUGCCAUGCUCUCAGUACGGUGCACAUCCAUACGUCCGUAUCUACUUGCUCCCAGACAAAAGAUGGAACAUGAGAAAGAGGACUUCUGUCAAAAGAAGAACAUUAAGUCCCCAAUAUGAUGAGAAAUUUGAAUUUUUUGAAACUUUGGAAGAUGUUAAGAAGCGAGCCUUAGAUGUUGCAGUAAAAAACAGAAGGUCAUUUCUUUCACAUGAGAGAAAGGAACUUGGAAGGGUGCUGAUUGACUUGUCAAAAGAAGACUUAGUCAAGGGCUUCUCACAAUGGUAUGAGCUGACAAUCAAUGGUCUUCCCCGAAGAUAAUACUUGGAACCUGAACAAGUGUACAUAUGUAUAUUUUAAACUUCAGAACUAAAUAAUGUGAACCUGUAUGUAGAUUUUUAUGUAUUUUAGGUAUUAAAUUAUUUGAGAAGACAUUGGAAGAACACAUAGAUGUCCCUAUCCAGUAACCUUGCACACUUAUUCUUGUUUUUCUUAGCAGUCAAUCUGUUACCAUCCAUGGGUUCGGCAUCUCUUCCCUUGAAUUGCUACAUUUAUUUCUUGCAUAUGUGCUUUAAAAACCAGAAUUUUGAGCAAAAGUACAUCAUAGGGCUAUGCUCUCCUUUUCUCUUUGAUUGCACAUGCACAAAGGGGUUUGGCAUGUGUGAGAACUGCCGUUAUGAGCCAUGUGGAAAAAUAUCUUCCGCUCUGAGGCUCAUCCCAAUAUCUGCUGGAGAGAAGUCGAUGGGGUGGGGGCCUUUUUGCUAGCAUGUCUGCACUGGCCAAUGGGGGCGUUCCUAAGCUGAAAGGGCUCAAGAAGCUGACUAAAGCCAGAUCUACCCCUGGGAACACAGCUUUCACCACUGCAGCUGUGUUGGUGCUAUGUUGGUGCCUGGACAUCAGACUGAUGUGCAGUUCCCCAACACCAGCUGGCGUAAGGGGCGUAUAUGUAGGCACUGGGAUCACGCUGCCUUUUCAGCAGUUUUGGGGGCCCCUUAGAGUGUACUGUAGUCAUGUAAGUGUCUCUAAUAAACCAAGAACAAUUAAGUAGGCCGGCAGGGACACUCUGCAAUAGUCCUACCAGAAUCAAAAGUCAAUAAUACCCAACUCCCCUUUAAAAAAAUCAAAUUUCCACAAAAUAAACAUAGUAAAGAUGGAGGCAUGUUGGAUAUCAGGAGACAUUUUUAAAAAGAGAGCCAAACACAAGUGGAUUCUGCAUGGGCUAAAAACAGGUGUGAAAAGAGUGUAAAAGGGUUAAAAUGGUGUAAAAGGGUUUUCAUACUGCUGUUUUUGGCCCAUGCUGAAUCUGCUGAAGGGAAGAAGUAGUGAAGGUUGAAUUGCUCAGAAGAGCUAUGAGUGAACCUAAGCCUUAUGAUCACACAAGGAAUCAAAUGGCUAUGGCAACGUCUUUUUUGGGAGACAGAGAAAGAACAAGGCACCAAUAGAUGCAAACAAGAUGGCCAGUGAUGGCUACUGGGCCUUCUUACAGAAAUAUUACCAUCAACCAAAUGUUAAAGCUUUAAAAUUUGCUGACACAAGGGAUACAAAAUUCCAUUACUGUUGUGGGGGAAUAACACAGAGCAGAACUAUCCCACGGUCAGUGGAAAGUUGGCAGGACCAGUGAAAGCACAGGAAACUUUGACAUGUGAAUAUAUACAAUUCAAGUUCAAUUUUUGGAAAAAGACAGGGGUAAAAGUGAUCCCAAAAGAACUAUGAGAGAAAUAAACCAGAAAUGGCUGCCAAGAAUAAGCAGAAUAAGUAAGGGAAAACUAUGCAGAAAAUCCCUUAGAUGAACUUCAACCAAAACGGAAAACAAAUUUUUUUGUUAAAAAGUUUUCAUAUUUAUUAUUAUAUUCUCAUCAGAUUGCAGAAAUCCUCUCUAAAUUUCACUCUAAUAUCGUCAGACACCACUCACUUUGGGGAAGUGUUGCCCUUCAAGUGUGCCAUGAACAAGAGUGACCUUCAGUUAUAUUAUCUAGGGUAAAAGAAGCUCAGGAACUUCCUUAUCAAGUCCUGUUUCAUGCACAUUAACAGAACAGUUAAGUAUUGCCUGUUUUCCUGAGCUAAAUUUCUUCACUAUCCAAGAUUAAGCGUCACCCCAACACACAAGCAGGAUGCAGUUUCCCAGGGGAGCUAGUAAUACUCGCUUCCUGAGUUGUACCCUCAUGCCUGUUUGAAGGGUUCCUGAUCUUUAGGACUGGUUUUCUGAGCAAUGAAAAGCGAGAAAGGCAGAGGGAUAGAAAAACCUAAUAUAUAUGCAGCCCCCAGAGGCUGGCUGCUGUUAUCCUAUGCUUUACAACCCAAGAACGCUUUAAACCCAUUUUUAAGGCAUCUCAUUGUUGCUGAAAGACUAUUGUUUUGAAAUUUCUUGUUUUUUAAUAAACAUCUUUUAAAAUGGGGCAUCAGCUGUGUUAAUCUUGUCAAUUAGAUAAUGCUCUGUAAGUAUAGCUUU